UACAUAUUCUCCCAUAAUGCACCUCCUCUUUUUUCCCAUCAUCACGACUCUUUUCUACGCUGCCUGCAAGUACUUCGCACCAGUCAAGAUGGCGGACAGACCAGUUCCCGUAGUUGAGAAGCGACUGAUGGAGGUGAAACUGGGAGAGCUGGGAAAAUGGCUUGGAGGUCGAGACUUGACCCCCAAUGGUCUCUUCUCAUCUCUCGGCAAGGGCCGCGACAGAUACUUAAACAAGUACAUUCAUGUGAAGAAGGGAGGCAUCGGCGGUAUUGCGAUGGUACUCACUGGCUAUGUGAUACUGAGCUACGUGUGGAGUUUCGACCACAUCAAGCACGAUCGCUGGAGAAAGUACCAUUAAGCUCCUUCUGUCAGACCUCUAGGGGUUGAGCGUGAACAUUUGUGUUCCCCUGGCUGUGUGUUGAAUAUGUGACUGUGUGACCAAUAAACAAUACUAAGAUUUA